AUGGAUCGCCACGCUCGCGUCGUGGCGCAGGUCGCGUCCAAGGUGAAAAACUACUUUGUCCGCAAGGAGCCUUUUCGGAUAUCUCACGGAUCAACGAAUAGCACGCGUCCGAACCUCAAGAAGCGCGUCGUCGACAUCAGUGAUCUGAGGAAUGUUGUCAAAGUCGAUACUGCCAACAAAUCGGCGCUUGUAGAGCCUAAUGUACCCAUGGACCGUCUUGUGGAAGCGACAUUACCUCACGGCCUCGUCCCUCCUGUCGUAAUGGAGUUUCCCGGUAUCACUGUUGGAGGGGGUUACGCUGGUACUGCUGGCGAAAGCAGUAGUUUCAAGUACGGCUUUUUUGAUCGAACAAUUAACGAGGUGGAAAUGAUACUUGCAGGCGGCGAGGUUGUUAAAGCUUCCGAAGAAAUCAACAGCGACUUAUUUAGGGGAGGUGCGGGCGCUGUGGGCACCCUUGGUGUCACUACGCUCGUAGACUUGCAGCUUAUUGAAGCGAAAAACGUGGCGCAAGCCGUAAAACAGGUUCGAGAGCAUACCGAAGGCGCUCAAGGCCAGGCGAACGACUACGUAGACGGCAUUCUCUUUAGCAAAGAUCACGGUGCUAUCGUGACCGGCGAAAUGACAGAUGAGCUACCUGCCAAUAUCAAGCCGCAAACCUUCAGCAAUCCCUGGGAUCCAUGGUUCUAUCUACAUGUCGAAGCUGCUACGCGCCAAUCAACACAGCCAGUAACCGAUUACAUACCACUGGCCGAGUACAUGUUUCGUUACGAUCGUGGAGGGUUUUGGGUUGGCCGUUCCGCUUUCCAGUACAUGCGCUUCCCUUUCAACUCCUUCACUAGAUGGUUCUUGGACGAUUUUUGCCAUACACGGAUGUUGUACCGCGCCCUUCAUGCAUCCGGUAUUGCGACCCGGUACAUUGUCCAAGAUAUGGCGCUGCCCUACCCCAAUGCCGAAAAGUUCAUCGACUAUACGGACAAGACAUUUGGUAUCUGGCCUUUGUGGCUCUGCCCACUUAAGCAAAGCCCGCAGCCGACCAUGCAUCCUCAUACCAAGGGUGAUCUGAAGGACGACCAAAUGUUGAACAUUGGACUUUGGGGAUUUGGACCGAAAGAUCCCACGAAUUACCUUGCGAAGAACCGCGCACUCGAGAAGACUUUGGGCGACAUGGGUGGCAUGAAAUGGCUAUAUGCGCAUACGUAUUACAACAAGGAAGAAUUCUGGUCCCAGUUCGAUCGCGAGUGGCACGAGAGGCUUCGCAGAAAAUAUCGGGCUGACGGCGCGCUUCCCGGCGUGUAUGACAAAGUUCAUGUGGACAUCGAGAAAUAUACGGAGAUGACGAACAAGGACUUCGGUAUGCAAAUGAAGAAUAUAUGGCCUCUUGGUGGUUUCUGGGGUAUCUGGAAGAGAACGCGACCUGGCGAUGGAGGAACUGACGCAGAGCACUAG